AUGUCUACCAAUAAGUUAAAAAGUAGUAGCUUACUUAAAUUAGAAAGUAAAUCUAUAGAUAAAAAAGGUGAAAUAAAUAAUUUGAAAAAAUUUACGAGCGUUAAAAUAGUUAAAAAAAAAGUAGAAAAUAAAAUUGAAAAUAGUGUAGAUAAUAAUAUAGAUAAUGGAGAAAAAACAUUAAAAAAAAGAAUUCUUAAAAAAAAGCAAGACACUAAUGAUGUUGAUAAGUUAUUAUCACUAAAAAUAAACAAUGAUGAAAAUAAAAAAAUUAUAGUCAAGAAAGUUAUGCAGAAAUUUAAUAUGAAUAAAGAUGAAAUAGAUAAUAAAGUUGAGAAUAAUGAAGUAAUUACAAAAAAUAAUGAAACAAAAAAAAAGAAAUUGAAAGGGAAAAUAAGCAAAAUGAAAUUAUUGAAUGAUAAUAAUGAAAUAAAUGUUGAAUCAAAUGAUGAAAAUAAAAAUAUUUUAAAAGAAGAAGAUUCGGAAAAUGAAAUAUUAGAUUCAUUCAUCGAAAAGAAAAGUUCUGUUAUAGACAAAAAAAAAGGAGUUAAAAAAAAAAAAGUUUUUGUUAAAAAAAGAACAAUAAUUGAUAAAUUAAAAGAUUCUGAAAGAAAUAGUAAUACAUUUUCUAAUAAUAAUGAUGACGAAUUAGAUGAAAAAAACAAAAAAAAAAUAGAGACCGAAGAUUCAGAAAAAAUAAAUAAAGAGAUAAUUAAGCAUAAAAAAGAAUUAGAAGAAUUAAAAAAUAUUCAUGAAGCUGAAAUAAAUAACAUUAAAGAAGAAAAAAAAAAAGAAGUUGAUAAUUUAAAUAAUUAUAUAAAAAAUUUAAAUGAGGAAAUACAUAUUUUAAAUAAUUCUCUAAACGUAGGAUUAAAAGAAAAAACAAAAACUCAAGAAAUCAAUGCAACUUUAAUGGAAAAGAAGUUAAAAUUAAAAGAAAAAGUAAAUAUUUUGAAAACAAAAAUGGAAGAAUCUAAUGAAAUAUAUAAUUUACUUAAUGAAAAACAUUUAACAUUAGAAGAAGAAAAUAGAUUAUUACUUGAGAAAGACAAACGAAAUAUUUUGAAAAUUAAAGAUUUAGAAGAAGAAAAGAUAAAAUUAGAAAAAAAAGUUGAAGAAAAAGAUAAUUUAAUAAAGAAAAAAGAAGAAAUUAUAAUUAAAUAUUCUAAUGAAAUUGAAAAUUAUAAAAGUGUUUUAAAAAAUAAAGGAGAGAUGCUAUUAAAUAGCUCCACUAUGGACAAAAAUUUAACAGAUAAAAAUAAUCAAAAAGAAUAUAUAAAUAAAUUAUCAAAAGAAAAAAAGGAAUUAAUACAUGCUUUUAAAAAGCAACUGGACUUAAUAGUUAUAUUAAAAAAACAAAUUAACUUAUUAGAAAAUAAUAAAAUAUUAAAUAUAACUUUUAAUGAAUUUAAAAAAAUUGUUCAUGAUUAA